AUGUCCGGCAGCAUGUUCUCGCAGCGGGCACUGCAGCUGAGCUCGCGGCGACGUAAGCGCUCCUAUUUCCCACCCCUGUCCAUCUUCCCAGUAAAACGCGCAAACUUAGCAUGUCUAACACCUCCAUCUACUGCAGUUGCCGCAGCCUCUACCCUCUCUCGCGCCUCUGUACCCUUCGCAAUUGCAACCGGUCAACAUGUCCAGUUCCGACCCGCCGCGACUGAAACCGUCAGCCCGGAAACCGGCACCUCCAUCCUUGCCGCCCAGCGCCGCAACCGUCCCGUCGCCCCUCAUCUAACCAUCUACAAGCCCCAGAUUACCUGGUACGGUAGCGCCUUCAACCGCAUCACCGGCGUCGCCCUCUCCGGCACCAUGUAUGUCUUCGGCAUCUCCUACCUCGCGGCACCCCUACUCGGCUGGCACCUGGAGAGCGCCAGCAUCGCGGCUGCCUUCGCCGGCCUCCCCAUUAUCGCCAAGUUGGCGAUGAAGAUUGGCUUCGGUUUCCCGUUCAUGUACCAUAGCCUGAACGGACUGCGGCAUUUGGUGUGGGACACGGGCGCGGCGUUCACAAAUAAGCAGGUUAUUGUGACGGGCUGGACGGUCGUAGGCCUGAGUACCGUGCUGUCGCUGGCGUCGGCUUUCCUGUAA